GGUUGUUUGAUUUGUGGCACGCCGACGACAAUGCUUCAGCAGCGCGCCCGCCGCCUUGGGCGCAGCGUUCUCUUCCUGCCUGGUAUCAAUGCACGAGCGCUGGAAAAGCUGCGCGUCCUGCCCUGCGACGCAGCGAUCCUCGACCUCGAAGACGCCGUCGCGCCGCUUAAGAAGGCCGAAGCCCGAGCCCUCGUGUGCGCAGCGGCCAUGCGCGGGUACGGUCCGUACAAGGAGGUCGCAAUCCGCAUUAACCCGCUCGCGAGCGAGUGGGGCCACGCAGACCUCGAACAUGCCGUGCGCACGGGCGCCCACGCCGUCGUGGUGCCCAAGGUCGACUCGGCCGACGGCUUGCGCGAGGUGGCGAUGGCCAUGGACGCGCUGGACGCACCGUCCGACAUGGCUAUCUGGGCGAUGAUCGAGACACCGCUCGGUGUGCUCAACGUGCAGUCGAUCGCUGCGUCGCACCCGCGCUUGAGUACGCUCGUCGCCGGCACCUCCGACUUGAGCAAGGAGCUCCAGUGUACGACGACGCCGUGCCGGCACGCGCUCGUGCCAAGCUUGGCGAUGAUCCUCCUCGCUGCCCGCGCGCACCGCUUGCGCGCGCUCGAUGGCGUGCACUUGGACUUGGAGAACGCAGCGGACUUUUUUGGCGCAGCUACGGCAAGGCGUCGAGAUGGGCUUUGACGGCAAGACGCUCAUCCACCCCAAGACGAUUGCUGCGACCAACGACGCCUUCUCGCCGACGACCGACCAAGUCGACCACGCCGCCCAGGUGAUUGCAGCGUAUGACGAGGCGAUUGCUGCCGGCAGCGGCAUGGCGGUCCUCCACGGCAAGCUCAUCGAAAACUUGCACGUGGAGCUGGCGCGGGAUAUCCUCUCAAAACACGCGCUCAUUCAAGAGCAACUGGCCACCUCGAAGCUUUAAGACUGACACGUAACAGCUCUAAGUUCUGG